UCGAGUGGCACGGCCACUGCUACUGCCUCCUUUUUUUCUUCGUCAUUUAGUGGGGUUAUGUCGCUCCAAAACAAGCUCGUGAGUUUUAACGUCAACUCCAUAUACGAUAAAACCAAGUCUUGAUAAAAUUGGCCACGAAGGCAGAUUUUUCUACAAAAGUAAUCUAUGAUUUAGUAACAGAGACUACAAGUACCAUGUUGAGACGAGUGUUUUUUAUCUCCCACUGGAUGAAACGGUAAAAACGUCGGACACCAGAAAAAAAAAAUUACCCAACAAUGUGGAUAUUAACUAGUCACCAGUUGUAUUUAAUGGUUCACUUGACGCAAGAAUCCAAUGAUUGUAGGGUUGACAGAUGACUUUACUUAAUGUUCCUGGCUUGGAGUUAUAUUUAUUAAUUUAAAAAUGGGCCAGUCCAGUAGCUUACAUUCUGGACCAAAAUCAAGGCGGUCAAGUUUGAAGCAAAUUACUUUGACUGGAUUUGGACGACGGAGAUUUCAGAAUUCCAAAAAUUUGUCCCAUACAUUUUCCGUACUUGAUGAUACACUUAAGCCACAAUUAUUAAAUUUAAAUACCGCAACUGAAGAAGAAUUGAUGACAUUACCUGGUAUUAAUCGUCACUUAGCAGCUAAUAUUGUCAAUUACCGACGAGUAAUUGGGAGAUUCAAUAGAGUAGAAGACCUUGCCUUAGUUUCGGAGAUUGGUGCUGAUAAAUUAGAAAGUAUUAAAAUGGAAGUAUACGUACUAACUGGCAAUGACAGUGGUACCUCAUCGCGAGCAUCGACAAGUUUAAAUUCUGUCGGAAAUAAUACUAAUCAAGUAGAUGUUAAUUUAGCUAGUGUGUUUGACCUUCAAGUUGUACCUGGAGUUGAUCAGGAAUUAGCAUCGAGGAUUGUGGAGAAAAGAUUAAAAUAUGGGUGCUUUAAUUCUCUGGACGAGCUCGCGAAGAUGCGAGGAAUGGGAAAACAGAAGUUAGCGAUGUUACGACCGUACCUUAAAUUAAGCAGUAUUUCAAAUGGAUCAGCUGUCCAUACCUGUAGUAAUGGAAGUUCUUCGUCUUCCUGGAACAUUCCUCAAGCUUCCAGUACACCUCGAGUUAAUCAUGCGGGCCGCAAAGUAGCUCGUGCUAAUCGUGAGCGCGUUACGCCCUUAAGAAUGCCUCGAAUAGAUGAUAGUGAAAAAAAUGUAGAUUUAAGUCCUGGGAUUACAGAGGAAGAAAUUUGGGAAUUAUUAAGUAUCGCUAGUCCAAGACCUUGCAUCGAGUACAAUUUCAAUGAGUCUUUGGAUCGGACGUCGAUUAGAGUGGCCUCUUGGAAUUUGAAUGGUUUCAACAGUGACAAAGCUAGCAAUCCAGGAGUAAUGGAAGUUAUUUGUAGAACCAUCUUAGAAAAUCGGCUUUCGUUGUUGGCACUUCAAGAGGUCAAGAGUUUAGAAGCCCUAGAUAAAUUAACGCGAGAAUUAAAUACUCCCGUACUAAAACGUGUUAAGGACUGGCGUAGUAAUCAUCGGCAAUGGCGUUCCGUACAUCUUGGCGCUGGUCUUGCUGUUUUAUGGGACGCUUGUCCAGAUAUGUGUAUCAGUCUUCGUGAACAACCUCCAGCAACUACUGUUUUUCUUCCAGUACUUGCUUCAAUUAUAUUUCACGUAAAUAAAUUCGAUAUUACUUUAAUAAAUGUCCAGAUGCACGAUCCAGAAGACAAUAAUAUUAUCGAACGAUUUGUAGAUGCCAAAAACUCGAUAUUUCUCGGUGAUUUUUCACUUUCUGGUGACACAUCGAAUAUUUACAACGACGUACUCUCUGAAACUAAUACGGCUUUCGAUACUGAAAAAUAUAUUUUCAAAGAUAAAAUUGUUUGGGGUCGAGGAUCUAAAAAAUUAUUUAAUACUGGGUUGUAUCGAGUUGUAAGACAGGGGCUUACACAUUUGGGUAUACCACAGUGCUGGCGUUGGGGUGGUCCCGCUUCAACUCACUGUCCAAUUUGGUGUGAAAUUUACACAGAACCUGGUGAUCCUUGAUAUUGUAAAUAUUUAAAUUAUCAUGAUGAUAUGUUUUUACAGUUUUUUGAAGUUAAAGUGUGACGUUUUAUGUUAAAAUCAUCCAAUUUAAUUGGACUAUUUCAAUUUUUUUUUUUUUUAAUUCUAUUAGAUAUGACGAGUUAAUUAUGACUUAUAAAGUUAAUUAAUAUAUUAUACACAAUCAAUUUAAUAAGUCUACUUAAAUAUUUUGCUGGCGAGAUUUCACAAUUCCAAAGGCCUCUGCGUGAUAUUAUUAGGUGUGACAUUACAAUUAUUAUUAUUCAAUAUUUAACAAAAAAAAAGAUUUCAAAUCAGUUCGUAUCAGUGUCCUUUUUUAAAAAGGAUACAGACUGAAUAUUAAAUUCGAUUAAAUGUUAUUAUUAUCGUGACAAUGCGAUGCUGGUAUAUCGCACACUAAAAUGUACUAUAUACUGUAAAAUAUACAAGAGAGUUAUUUUCUUA